AUGGCGAGCCCUGGCCCCGGCGCUCGGUGUCCGGUGCGAGAGCAGCGCGCCCGUUGGGAGCGGAAACGCGCCCGCACCGCCCGGGAGCUGCUGGAGACCGAGCGGCGCUACCAGGAGCAGCUGGGGCUGGUGGCCACGUACUUCGUGGGGAUUCUCAGAGCCAAGGGCACCCUGCGACCACCAGAGCGCCAAGCCCUGUUUGGGCCCUGGGAGCUCAUUUACGGCGCCAGCCAAGAGCUGCUUCCCUACCUGGAAGGAGGGCACUGGGGACAGGGGCUGCAGGGCUUCUGCCCCCACCUGGAGCUCUACACUCAAUAUGCUGCUAACGCAGAAAGGUCCUGGACCACCCUGCAGGAGCAACUAAAGAGAAACAGACGUUUCCGGAGGUUCCUUCAGCUUCAGGAAAGCCGCCCUGAGUUUGGGGGCCUUCAGCUCCAGGACCUGCUCCCUCUGCCUCUGCAGAGGCUCCAGCAGUAUGAGAAUCUUGUUGUCAUCUUGGCUGAAAACACAGAUCCCAACAGCCCUGACCACCAACAGCUCACACGGGCUGCCCGGCUCAUAAGUGAGACUGCCCAGAGAGUUCACACCAUUGGUCAGAAACAGAAGAAUGACCAGCACCUCCGGCGUGUCCAGGCUCUGCUCAGUGGACGCCAGGCAAAGGGGCUUACUUCAGGUCGCUGGUUCCUACGCCAGGGCUGGCUGUUGGUCGUGCCUCCCCGUGGGGAGCCUCGGCCCCGCAUGUUUUUCCUCUUCUCUGAUGUGCUCCUCAUGGCCAAGCCUCGAUCUCCCUUGCACCUGCUGCAGAGUGGCACCUUUGCCUGCCAGGCCCUCUACCCCAUGGCCCAGUGUGAACUCCACAGGGUCUUUGGCCACUCAGGAGGCCCUUGCGGUGGACUUCUCAGUCUGUCCUUUCCCCAUGAGAAGCUACUGCUUAUGUCCACAGACCAGGAGGAGCUGUUGCGCUGGUACUGCAGUCUGACUUUGGCUGUCAGCGGCCAGAAGAACUAG